AUGUUAAGCACAGCUAUUACGCGCUCAACCAGAAGAGCAGCAUUAAACCUUGCAAAAACUGCAGCAUGCAAGAGUUCGGGACAUCUGAGUCAUACUGGAGCACCACUAAGAUUCUCCCAACUCUUUGCAGCUAGAUAUCGCUCCACAGCUCAUAAUGUUACUAGAGAACAGCCGGCACCAGCAUUUAAUGCUCCAAGUGCUACCGAAAAUGUUGAUGAUGUUGAAGCUGCAGCCGAGGCAGCAGCAGCAGCCGAUCACAUAUGCGUUCAAAGCGCGGACGAGGCAGCUUUUGGAAGGCAUUCGCAUCCUCUAGACAGAAAGAUCGAAAUGGACAGUUCCAUGAUUGGUAUGACCGGAGGGGAGAUAUUCCAUGAAAUGAUGGUCAGACACAAGGUCGAUACAGUUUUCGGAUAUCCGGGCGGUGCCAUUCUCCCCGUUUAUGACGCUAUAUACAACUCCAAGCAGUUCAAUUUUGUUCUUCCACGUCAUGAGCAAGGUGCUGGUCACAUGGCUGAGGGAUAUGCUAGAGUUAGUGGUAAUCCGGGUGUUGUCUUGGUCACUUCCGGACCAGGUGCUACAAACACUGUCACAGCUAUGACUGAUGCUCUUGCAGACGGUGUUCCAAUGGUUGUGUUCACGGGACAGGUCCCUACAUCUGCCAUUGGAACAGAUGCUUUCCAAGAGGCUGAUGUUGUCGGCAUUUCCCGUUCUUGCACCAAGUGGAAUGUCAUGGUGAAAUCCGUUUCCGAGCUUCCUCGUAGAAUAAAUGAGGCAUUCGAGAUAGCAACCACUGGACGUCCAGGCCCAGUUUUGGUUGAUCUUCCAAAGGAUGUUACCUCUGCAAUUUUGAGACACGCAAUUCCUACGUCAUCCACCAUCCCUAAUAACACUUUGGCUACCCUCACGCGCUCUGCUAUUACGCGCUUUACUGCCGAAUGCAUUCAGAGAGCUGCAGACUUGGUGAAUAAGGCGAAAAAGCCCGUCCUAUAUGUUGGUGCAGGUAUUCUCAACAAUGAGGAUGGUCCAAAGAGAUUGAAAGAGCUUGCUGACAAGGCAAAAAUUCCAGUCACUACCACCUUGGAAGGUCUGGGAGCAUUCGAUCAAAGAGAUGAAAAAUCACUUGACAUGUUGGGAAUGCACGGUGCCGGUGCUGCAAACAUGGCAAUCCAGAAAGCUGAUUUGAUUAUUGCCCUUGGUACCCGUUUUGAUGACAGAGUCACCGGUAACGUGUCCAAGUUUGCUCCACAAGCAAGACUAGCUGCAUCAGAAGGACGUGGAGGUAUUAUUCACUUUGAAAUUUCUCCAAAGAACAUAAAUAAGGUUGUUGAGGCCACGGAGGCUAUAGAAGGUGAUGUUACUCAGAACUUGGAGUUGUUCAACGAACUCGUUGAACCUGUUGAGUCAAGACCAGAAUGGUUCUCUCAAAUUCGGGAGUGGAAGCAGAAGUAUCCAUAUGCAUACGAGCACGAGGUUCCUGGAGGACCAAUCAAGCCACAAACCGUUAUAAAGGAAAUUGACAAGCAAUCUAGAGCCACUGGCCGUGAUAUUAUUAUCGCCACGGGUGUUGGACAGCAUCAAAUGUGGACUGCCCAAUAUGUUACGUGGACAAAGCCUCAUUCAUUUGUCACCUCCGGUGGUCUUGGAACCAUGGGAUUCGGACUUCCUGCUGCUAUUGGUGCUCAGGUCGCUAAGCCAGAGUCUAUUGUCAUCGAUAUUGAUGGCGAUGCCUCCUUCAACAUGACUUUGAUGGAGUUGUCCUCUGCCGUUCAGGCUAAUGCCCCUGUUAAGAUUGUGAUUUUGAACAAUGAAGAGCAAGGUAUGGUUACCCAGUGGCAGUCACUUUUCUACAAGCACAGAUAUUCGCAUACUCACCAGCACAAUCCUAACUUUGUUGGUGUUGCCGAGGCCAUGGGUCUGAAGGCAUUGAGGGUCAGCAAGCAAGAAGACUUAAAGCCAAGCAUCGCCAAACUGCUAGCAUACAAUCAGGGCCCAAUUUUACUGGAGGUGAAGGUUGAGCACAAGACUCCUGUCCUCCCUAUGGUUCCUAGUGGAAAAGGUUUGGAUGAGUUUAUAACUUAUAACCCAGAAUUUAUCCAUGAGCAGAAUGCCCUUAGACACAAGAGAAACAAUGGAAGGUUCGAUUGA